CAGGGGCUCAGCACUGCUGUGUCCGUGGUGCCCAGCGCAGAGCUCGGCUCGGGGGGAGAUGACGACGCUCACGCACCGCAGCCGCCGCGCCGAGGGCAGGAAAGGGGCCGGGGAGGAGGAGGCGGCUGCCGAGAGGGACCCGACCGAGGAGGACCCCGACGACUCCAAGGACAUUCGCCUGACGCUGAUGGAGGAGGUGCUGCUGCUGGGGCUGAAGGACAAGGAGGGCUACACGUCCUUCUGGAAUGACUGCAUCUCCUCGGGGCUGCGCGGCGGCAUCCUCAUCGAGCUGGCUUUCCGCGGCCGCAUCCGCCUCGAGCCGCUCUCCAUGAGGAAGAAGAGGCUGCUGGAGAGGAAGGUGCUCCUGAAGUCGGAUGCGCCCACAGGGGACGUGCUGCUGGAUGAGACCCUCCGGCACAUCAAGGCCACGGAGGCUGCAGAGACGGUGCAGACCUGGAUAGAGCUGCUCACCGGAGAGACCUGGAACCCCUUCAAGCUGCAGUACCAGCUGCGGAACGUGCGGGAGCGCGUGGCCAAGGCGCUGGUGGAGAAGGGGAUCCUCACCACGGAGAAGCAGAACUUCCUGCUCUUCGACAUGACCACGCACCCCGUCAGCAACGGCACCGAGAAGCAGCGCCUGGUGCGGCGCCUGCAGGAGAGCGUCCUGGAGCGCUGGGUCAAGGACCCGCUCCGCAUGGAGCGCAGGACUCUGGCGCUCCUCGUGCUCGCCCACUCCUCGGACGUGCUGGAGAACGUCUUCGCCAGCCUGGCCGACGACAAGUACGACGUGGCCAUGAACAGGACCAAAGACCUCCUCGAGAUGGACCCGGAGGUGGAGGCUGCCAAAGGCAGGGCCACGGAGAUGGUGUGGGCUGUGCUGGCCGCCUUCAAUAAGUCCUAAAGAGCCCCCCGGGACCAUGUGGGGCGGCCUCAGCCCCUCGGCUCAAAGCCGGGGGGGCCCGGGCACAGCGUUCCUGCAGCAGCGGUGGGCUCGGCUUGGGGAUAAGGGGGGGGGUGUUUGGUUCUUCCUCCCCCUGCAGGGUACGAGCCCCCCUGUGUGGCCAGGACCCUCGCUCCUCCACCGGCCACUGCUG